UCCACACCGAGCUCGUCUCGCACCGAAAUCCUAGAAAUCAUUAUCCGUCAAUAAAUGGAAUCUAUCGAUCGGAAAAUAAACGCGAAAAUCGCGAAUCAAUUCUUCGUGCGGUAACUCGAGUUCAUUGUCUUGAUCGAAAGUCCCUUAGGAAACGAGCACGUGACUUUCGCACAGCUAUAUAGCAAAGUGAUCGAUUUGGUGUUAAUAUAGUAAAGUUGAGUUUUCGCAAAGAUUAAAGGUGGCUCGGCACAUAAGUGGAUUGAUCGAGGAUCCGGCAGGUCAGGGCUAGAGAUUUAUGUGUCUGAUAUAUACUCUUGACGACGUCACCGACUGUUACACUAGCUUGUAGGCAUCGAUCCAAAGAUCAGACGAUGUGUGAAGUGGCAGUUCUCAAUUUUCAAAAUAGCUCUGAAUGUUAUCAACUUUUUAACAUCAUAUAAAUAAAAUAAAUGACCACGUCGUAAGACAGAUUUGCAUACGAUUGGCUAAAUGAGAGAAGUUUAACGAACUCAGUAUCCAUCCACAUUGCAGCAUCAUAAAUUUUAACUACGUGAAUUCGAGUUCUGUAUUUCGAAAUGAAUACAAAUAGCACCCGAAAUACGUUCUGUGCAAGGCGAUUUUUGUUCAGAUCUAGUGAAGAAUUUUUAACAACGACAAACCUUAACCCAGCGAAAAUAGCGGAGAAUCGCUUCGGAACGUUUGCAUAAAGCAAUAACUUAGUUUCUCUUGAAUUUUUAAUUGAGUGACUGAAUGGACGGGCGGUUCCGUUUCGAUGCUUCUCUUCCCCGUGGAACGUGUGCGUGUCGUGCGUCUGUGCAGAACGGACAAAGGAAACAGUAGGGCGUGAUAAAUGCGGCUUCGAGCCAGGACUCGACGUUCCUCGUGUCGGAAGUCGAUGAACUCGAGAAGCUGACGAAAACUAAUCCAGUCGACCGGACACGUGUGACAGAUCCGUUCUAUUCUUCUCCUCUGUCAACAAACAGCGCCACAGCUUUCGUUUAUCUUGACCUAUCGUCCGAUUCAUCAACUUUCGCCCUUCAGCAUGGCACACUUACGGAGACCAAUGAGGCGGGACCAUUACAAGCCUUUUGGAAGGAGAAGGGGCUCGGCGGACUCGAACUACUCGCAGCCGAGCUCAGAUCUCUCGCUGGACGAGGAGAAGGAGAGCUUGCGACGCGAGAAGGAGAGGCAGGCCCUCAAUCAACUCGAAAAAGCCAGAUCGAAGCCGGUAGCGUUUGCAGUGCGGACCAACGUGAGCUAUGACGGAUCCGUCGACGAUGACUCACCCGUCCACGGCUCAGCCGUCAGCUUUGACGUCCGCGACUUUCUUCACAUCAAGGAGAAGUACGACAACAAUUGGUGGAUCGGCAGGCUCGUGAAAGAGAACUGCGACGUGGGUUUCAUCCCGUCACCGGUGAAGCUGGAGGCCUUGAGGCUGCAGGCGAGCGCGGCACGUGGCACGAAGGGCCUCUAUUCGACGCGAGGAGGGUCUUCAGGGAACCUUGGCGAGAGUGGUAUGCCCUCACGUGGUUCCACACCACCUACGCCAGGUGACGACAGCGACAGCGUCGGGAACGUGCGGCCCGGCAAAGCGACCCUGACAACCCCACCUGCUAAGGAAAAGCGGAAGAACUUCUUCAAGAAGCCGUCCUACGAGACGACGACCCCCUACGACGUGGUGCCCUCCAUGAGGCCCGUGGUGCUGGUCGGGCCGUCGCUCAAGGGUUAUCAGGUGACGGACAUGAUGCAGAAGGCGCUCUUCGAUUUUCUCAAGCAUCGCUUCGAAGGCAGGAUUAUUAUCACGAGGGUAAUGGCCGAUAUUUCGUUAGCAAAGAGAUCCUUGCUGAACAAUCCAACUAAAAGAGCGAUCAUGGAGAGGUCGACUAGCAGGAGUAGUUGUUUAGCGGAAGUUCAGCAAGAGAUCGAAAGGAUUUUCGAACUUGCACGGACUCUUCAGCUAGUUGUUUUGGACUGCGACACCAUAAACCAUCCGUCGCAGUUGGCGAAGACCAGUUUGGCGCCCACGAUCGUGUACUUGAAGAUCUCUUCGCCAAAGGUUCUGCAAAGGCUGAUCAAGACCCGUGGAAAGUCGCAGAUACGUCACCUUAACGUACAAAUGGUGGCCGCGGAAAAACUGGCGCAAUGUCCGCCAGAAAUGUUCGAUGUCAUCCUUGACGAAAAUCAGUUAGAGGAGGCAUGCGAACACGUGGCCGAGUAUUUAGAAGCGUACUGGAGGGCGACGCAUCCGCCGGACUUUUCCACGGUGCCGCGCGCCGUGCCUGCGCCUGAUGCAUCGGCAGAUACGUACACGCAACGCGUGCCAUCAGGUGCCCCUCAUGAGCCUUAUUACCAUCGAAGAGGAGCCGGUUACGGCGCUGGAGAUGUCAGCGGCGGAACGAGAAGAUCGCGGUUGGAGCGGAUGGAUCGCGAUCGGGGUGAUCGCAUAGAUCACGAUUACGGCGAGGAGGAACACGGGGUCGAUUACGGUAGUGCCUCGAGACGUCGUCAGCAGCAGGACUCGCGUGCUCUUAAUGCUAUUUAGGAGCUGGGGCCCCGGGGCCUGUCGCUUCAGCGCUGUCCCCACCUGCGCACCACCGCCCUUUAGCGGGCUCGCCUCCCGGUAACGCUACCGAACGCUAGGAUGUGCGCAACGCUACCUCGCGAUAAGAUCGCUGCGCUCUGUUAGUGGGGCUGUUUCCUGUCGCGCUAUUCUACGCUAAAUGAAAGAAAGAGAGGAGAGUAAAAAGUAAAGCACAGAAAUGCAGAUCGGCUGACACGAGUAUAAAAUCAGUGAGUAUAAAAGACGCUACCAUAUAUCGAUUCUAUCCGGACCCGCACCUCGACCUUGAAACCGUUGACGGUUUAUCUCCGCGUACCUGUUCAACCUGGAGAACCUCGCUAUCAAUACGUUACCAUUCGCCAGCAGCGUGCACGCUAGUUUCCGGAAAAAACGUUCUGCGCUUGCAUUUUUAUUCGCCGCGCUCUAAAGAGGAAGUAUAAAAAUUGUAUAUAUACAUGUGUAUUAUAUCAGAUUUUAUUAUGCUGUUCAAUUAGAGAAUACGAUUCAGUUGCUCUAACUGUUUGGAGAAUUUUUCAACAUGCUCACAUGCGUGCAUUCUUAUCUUCCGAAAGCCCUUGCACCGUUAUGAAGUUCGUUGCUACUACUAUUUAUUCCUUUACGCCGUCGGGUAUCUCGAUAACGUUCGCGAUCAAUUUACUUGUGUAUAAUUAUCUUUCGCUAAUGACAAAUCAACAAGAACGGUUUUUUGACGAUAAAAUAUCGAAAACUUUUUCUUCUUCUUCUUCUUCUUCUGCUACCAACCACCAGCGGCGUGCACGUGUGGUUAUCAAAACACCUUCACUCCGACAACCGACUCACUUAUCGUCGAAUUAACGUGAUACCCAAAAUCAAAAUCACCGUUCUUGGAAAUUGCCGAACGAGUUCCAUCAGCGCGUCACCCAAUUCCACAUGAUUCGCACAUGUCACCCUAUCUAGAAACAUAUCUUCACCUUCGUGUACAUUCGCGUCCCGCUUCGCCAAUCGAUAUCUCAAUUAACGUCACGAGCGCGUAUCACUCUGACGAUGUCAUCACCCGCGACUGCGGAGUUAUGCCACUCGCUCGAUCAUACCGGACCACCGAACAAUCCACACGCACAAACAUCAUCGAAAUGUAUUUGUCCGAUGACGUACGCACGCUACUCUUAAGAGCUCCGCCGUACUAUAUCGAGAGAACAUGUCAACCGCUCAUCAUAACGAUUACCUAUGCCAAACGUCAAUUGCUCACCGUAAUGACUCCUGAAUCACGACGGGAUGCACGUUACUUGGCAUCCUCGCGAGGCCAUCUUUUAUGCUAUUUUGUACGAAGAAUAACAUUGAAUAAUUCUCUUAAAAAAGAAAACACACAUACCGGUGCUCCUCGUUAAAUGCGUUAUUCAAAGUCGUGCGCGUGUUAAACCAGACCGACCUUACAUAUUCUUCAUGCGAGAGAAAUAUUGCAAAACUUACUCUCGAAUCUUUCCACAGAUCCCCGGAUGCGAUCGCAAGCAAAUGGCACGAAAAAUUCUUUCAGUCUCGCCAUAUUCAGUGUAUUAAACUAACGGUUGGCAGUCCACCGAAAUUAAUUAUUGUCAAACAAACAUCUUCACACGUACAUUUUGACACAUCCGUAUUUUUCGAGGGGGAUCCUAUUUCUGGACACACACGCAUAUCCUCGUGUGCGAAAUCUCGAAAGUGUCAUGAUAAGGACAAAUUUUUUUCAAUAUUCAUAUACGAUUUUUUAAUUGUCGAAAAAAAAAAAAGUUUAUCACGAAUGCUUAAGGCUGGUUCGAGCGUAGUUUAACGGUCGUUUUGCCAAAACGAUCUUCCUAACAGGGAGCUCUGGUUGAAUCGAGACGAUCUUCCAGUGUCCUUGUCCAUCGCAGGACGAAUCCCGUUCGCGGAAUCAGCUCGACGACACUAGUAGACGCGCGAGAUAAUCGCGUGGGACGAGGAGACUAAGACAGAAAGUGCACUCGUAAAAGAGUGAAGAGAGCCCUGGGGCCUUAAUCCCUGCACACCGACUCCUCCCAGGCCCCAAAACCCGACCUUUAUGUCGAACAGCGAUCGGCGAUCGAUCUCUUGUGAUCGCGAAAAGAAAAAAAAAAAAGAAACCGAGAUUUGACUUCUAUCCUAGAUGCAAAGAGCAUUUGACUUCUAUUCUAGAAUUUAAUUGCAUAGGAGAUAAUAAUGACGAUUAAUUAUAAUUGAUGAAAUUUAACGUUUAUCUAGAGACGUGAUUUACGAUCGGUAUAAUUGUUAGCAGCUAAUUGCGCCCGCAACCGAACACGAAGAAGCUUUAAACGAGACUUCGCAGUUGAUCAUAGAGAUCUCAAUUCGAUCGUCGAUCGUGGCGGCGGAUGUAGCCACCAUAACUUUACUGAUCGCUGAGGAGCGAUCUGCGAUCGACACGACUUCGCAAUCUCGAAUUUGAUCGUAGAAAAUUGAAAACCGUCAUCAGUCGCGAUGACGGGCGUAGCUGAAGCGACUUAACGAUCAACGUAGUGAUACUUACCAUCUCUCCGAUCACGUAAUUAAUUAGACAGACCAAUGUAGAGAGACCGAGGCGUUUUUUGGGGGAGUGUAUAAUUUAUGAAGCACCGAUGCACCGACAGCGCGUGGCUCGAAAUCGGAAGAUGUCGGUGCACUGAAUCCAUUGAAAGUUUUUUCGAUUUUGAUCGUCGACGAUCUAUCGCGCCGCUAUGAUGUGUUUAUACGAUUUAUUAGAGCUAUGCAAAAAAUUAAAAAAAAAAAAGUAUACACUGAUACACAUACGUUACGCAUCAAGGGGAAACGCUUUGUGUACAUAGUAUACAUAUAUACAUAAAUUGUACACUCAAGUGACAACUCCAUCUGUACAACUCGACAACUUUUAAUCGAGAUAAGAGAAAAUUAAGAGAGAUAACUGUUCAGCGGAGAUGUGGAUAAAAAUUACUUAGCUCUUUCGUGGAUGUAAUGAUAGACUGAAACUUACAGAUAUAAUCUGAAUUUUAUCGUAAUAGUUAUAUGUAACUAAAUUUAAUUAUUAUACAACUAAAUUUUUCAGCUUAUGAUUGAUGAAAAGGCUCGAUAUUAUCGAUCGCUUCAACUAACACGUUAAAUUCGCUUCUCAAACGUCUGGCUGGAAUUAUUCCAAUAAAUUAAAUUUUUCUUCAACGUGGCAAAAACAUCUUCUGCGUAUUUUUAUUCACAUUUUCCACCACAACGGCGUUAUGUAAAUACUGUAAGAAGCCUUUAACGAGUGCCGUUCAAGUAUUCACACGGCGUUGCUACGCUGCGUAUAAUGCGGAUCGGCAUUCAGCUGAAAGAUACUUGUAAUUAGAUCUUCGAUUUGUUUUUACGUUGAAAAUUAUAACGUUAUAAUGAAAAAGUAUUUAUCGCGUCACGGGAAGCUCUUAGUAUUGUGACAUGCUCAUCGCAAUUCUCUGUCGAUUCCAGCGCGUGGAGGAAUCCGACCGACUGUAGGUAAAAAAAAAAAAAAAAAUGGUGAAAGAAGAUCGAUCGUGUCGAUCUAUUUUGCAGACACACGUACGCGAAACAUUUCCCGCUUAGGAUGAUACGAUUAUCCCCCCCUCCCGCCCCGGAGAAGUAAACGUAACAUUUGACGAGAAUAAAAUUUACGAAGAUCUUAAGGCGUUCUCGCGGCCAAGUAGCUCGGAAUAGAUUACGGCCAUCGGCGUAAGUCAUCACUUAGGAUUAUUAAUCGGGAACUUUUCCUAUAUAUACGUACGCGGUGGCUAUGUGCGAAUGCCGCGCUUUUGAUUAGCGGUGUCCUACAUUGUGUAUGUCGCUAUAUGAACUAGCAUAAACUAGGCGCGGGUAAUCUCGAGUUUGCUUUUUUAUACGUUUUUCCGAGUCAGUCUGUUCGCCGAUUCUUUCGCGAGUCGGGCAACAGCUGUCAGCUAUUCUCUUUUUUGGGGGAGAGAGCAUUGUCGAAAGUAUCAAAGCGAUCAUCUAGCGUCGAGGAGUUACUCACGUACACUCUUUUUUCACUCUAGACGCCGCAGUUCACGGCGCACGAGUACACUUCGAUAUACAUUUUUUGCGAUUGAUUCUCGAUGCAUUUAUGAGAAUUACGAAAUAUCGUAUUGUGAUUGGAAUUCAUACAGAUCACCCUGUUUGUUUCAUUGUUCGCUAUUUAAACAUUAGAUAGGCAUGUAUGAUUGGCAAGGAAUGUAACGUUCGAAAACUGAUUUUUAUGAUUGAAUAAUAAUAUGUAACUCUUCUUUAAUUGGUACCUAUUUGCCGCAUAUUUUUUAUAAACGUAUAAAUUUAUUAGAAAAAAAUAAAGAAAUUAAAUUUUUCUUUAAUUAUAUCGAGACUGAAUUAAUCGGAACAUUGAUUUCUCAGUAUAAAAGAUUAAUUUUUUUUCUUUGGGAGGCUUUGCAAUCGAUGAUCGGUACCAAUUAAGGACACGUCUCUUGGAGGAAGCGUGUCGCGAAGCACAAUUGAUUUGCGCGCGCUACGGUUACAUUUGUUUAUCUCUUUUAUAAUAUUUAGAUAGACAUAUAUUUAUACGAAUAUCCGUCUCUCUCUCUGGAGAAGUUCGGAGCUUCGCAUGAGAUUUCGUGCCGACGCGAAUUAUCGCGCCAAUAUUUGCUUAUCAGUGUUGAGGAUGUAAAUUUUAUCUUAGGGAGAAGUUUUGUAAAAUGAGAUAUAGAUAUAAAUAUCUAACGUCGUGCGUUCGAAUAAGGAAAUCGAGAGCAGUGGAAGUUCCGUUCUUCAGCAAAUCGAUCGAUUGAAAAUCAUCGCUGUCAUCUCGACAUAAGGUUUCCGUAAUACAUUUCGACACAUCCCGAGGUGAUUUCGCGCGCGACACAUUUUGAGACGAUUAGUCACGAGGUCCUUUCGCAGCCCAGACUUGUACAUAAGUUUCGUCAUGAUCGCUGUGAAUCCAUAUAGACAUUCACGUUGUUUUUGCUUCCGUGCGACAAUUUCGUUUCCCGCGUUUGACUCGCAUUGAAAAGCCAUUUGAAAUUGCGAGUGAACGUGUUCUCGGUAUUAAAGAAUUUGCUUAAUCUUCAAAUGUAUGCUAAUAAACGAAUAGCAAUGAUUUAAUAGAUAAGGAACUUCCAAACAUCUGCAUUUGCUUUAAAAACGACUACAUGAUAUUAAUAUAUUAAUUCCUUAAUGUUAAAAUUUGAUUUAUAUUUCUUGUGACUUUCUUUCGGACAUUCUUGUCCUUUUUCUGACAUAGUUAGAAUAAAUUUGCAAAUUGUUACAAGAUAAUCUUACUGGAAAUAAAUUUAAAACAUUCUGAAUAAAAUAUGAAUUCAACAUUUUUUAAUAAAAUGCUAAUGUACUAAUAUUAUAGUAAAAUUUAGUAAUACAAUUUCUUUGCAGAUCGAGACUAUCGCUCGAUACGUUGUGCUUGUACGAUUGAUUGAUUAUUUGUAGACUACAGGGAGAUCCCAGGAAAGCUGUACGUUAUAGUUGUUCAAGCUUUAUCUUACAAUAUCUUUUCAUUGUGUCGAGAUGAACGUUUUUAUAUAAUAUUUUAUAACUUUUCAGGAUAAGCAGCGAUAGAGAUUCACACGCUCAUACAUAUAUUGAUCCCUAUACAUAUACACAUACACAUUGGGAGACGUUCCUUUAGAGGAAAUAUCUAAUCCGAUAUUUCAGUUUGAGACUUACGAGUUAGCGAUUUCGGCUCAUCCAUUACUUUCAGCAUCCUUGAUAAUAUUUGAUCUACGUAGCGCAAAUUCAGUAUGUAGCUUGAUGGAAGCAAACCUAAAAUAUCCACAUUCUUUGAUCACAAGUGCGUAGAUCGACGUUCGUAGUUUUUCGCGUGUAUUGUACGAUCGACUGGAAACCUCGUUGGAAUGAAAAGUCGCGUCGUCGAAUUUUGGAAUAGAUCGAGCUCUUCGGAAAACACCGCUACGAAAUAUCAAUCGUGAAACGUGCUUUCACAUUUAUAUGUGAAAUGAGCUUGCAGCAUCCUUUGCGACAAACAGCCUGUUUUCAAUUAAUUUACGUCAAGCAUUGUACGGAUUAUCCAUGGAUGCGUGAACGAAAUCCAUAAUUUUUUUCGAGAUUCGGCGACUCGAUCAGUACCGACUUUGUACAGAGUACAUACAUUUACGUAUAGAGAGCCCCGUCGUCUAGGCAUUAUGCUAGAUAAGAAGCUUUGACUUAGUCGAGAACGAUCAUAGGCGAGGCGAAACACUGAAAGUCGAAUUGGGAACAUACGAAUUUUCUGAAGACUAAAACGACUCUAUCGAGUAUCGACGUUAGGUGAAAAGGGAGGCGAAGGCGAGGAUGAACCCUUCGGCGUUGUGCGAACUUGUUGUAUGAACUGUGCGCGUAUAGGGCGCGAACUGACCUGAUAAUUGUAUGGGAUUUGGUUCGUUGGCUCGCACUGUGUGCACGUAAUAAUAUAAUUAUUCGCUUAGAGUUGAUUCCGGCGUCGCAUCGACGGCGGUCUCCAAUCGUCCGCGCUCGAUGCGUCCGCCCGCGAAGUUUUGGAUACAUAUAUUUAUUUGUUGGAACGGCAAAGAGAGUUUAACGAUUGAUUGAUUGAUUAUAUUGAUAAAACGAUGAUUACUUGUACGACUAAGUAUUUUGUCGCACCGUGUGCACGCGGAUUCGUAAGGCGUAUAGGCAUAAAUGAUUUGUAAGACGGUGGGAAUAUAAGAUGCGACUUUUGGCUUUGACAAUAUAAUCGGAGCGAAAAAAAUCUCGAAGCUACUCGCGGAUCUAAUUUGACUUUAUACGAUGUGCGCAGAGAGUGUGUAAAGUUUUAGCGAAUUCACGGAAUCGUCGACGACGAUCGCCCCGAUUGUCGGAAACGAUGGAUUGUCAAGAAAAAAAAAAAAAAAACGAUCGAGAGACCUCUUCGAGACGACGGAUUAUUUCUGUUGUUAGAUUAUCGCGCGCGAAGGCAACUCUUGAUUGCUUAUUAUUUUAUUAAUCUCGUAGCGCGAAUUUGUAAAAUACUUCUAGUCUCGAGUAUCGCAAGCAACGGUGAUUAAAGAAAAACAAGAUUACAUUAGAUAAACGAUUGCAAAUUUUUAAGUACUCUUUAAGGUAGGAUAAAACUUGAUCGGCGCGAUGAUUGUUGUGAAUUUUUAUUCGUCGCUUCGCAGCUUGCAAUGCUAAUGCGCCGUGUCGUCGACGACGAUUUCCCUCGUUCGUCCCAUCGAACGUGUUCACUGAAUGCAACCCUAUAUGGUUGGAAGGUCCAAACGAGGAUUGAGCACAGGCCUUAGGUGCCCUCGCGACCGAAGACGACGCGAGGAUGACGUUCGGCCGAUGCGAAUCCCCUCGGUAUGCUUAAAAUACUGCGAAAUGCCUGUUCUUGUAUCAAGCCUUAAGGCUUUCGCAAUAAUAUUGUUGGCGGUAUAAUGCGGUUUCGAAAGUAUAUCUGUAUAGCGAAGAGAGGAAGAUUGCGGUAAGAUUGCGAUGGCGUGAUGUAUCGGCCCGAAUUGAUGUUCUCCAUGUUUUCUUAAAUAAAUUCGCGUUGCAAGAUGAUUUAAUUGCAACAAAUAAAUUUUAUUUGUUAAUAAUAAUAAUUUAAGAUAUUCUAAUUACACGCUCACACAUUAUUGAUUUAUAAUGCUUUAGGAACGUAUAAGAAAAUGCAGUAUAGCAUUCUUUUACAAAUUCAUAUUAAUUAGCAGUCAAAUUAUAAACAAAAAAAGCAAAGCAAUUUUCAAAAUGAACGUUAUUAGCAAUGCAAAACUAUAACUUGUUCCGUGUAAAUAAGUGUUCUUGUAGAAUACAAAUUUUCGAUGCGUGCAUCGCGAGAGACAAUUUGUCAAUUCAGGCCGAUUAGCGCUUGUGCGAGGAUCAGAUGCAAUUCUGUCGCGUGUGUAGGAAUCGUGUCAAAGGAAUGAUAGACUUCGUGCACGCGCGAGCGUCCUCGAUAAUUCCUUUUCGUGGCUGGUUCGUCGGAUCAAAGAUUUUCUCUGUAUAUUAUCUAUAUUACUAUCACACAAAUCGCGCAGUCGGUGUCGCCCACUGACGAACACGCAAAAAAAAAUGUUUCAACACAUGGCAAAACGCUCCAUGUGAUUCAUUCGUUUUCCUUGAGAAGAGAACUUUAUUUCACUAUUGUUGCACCGAUAACGAAGAAAGCGACGGAGAUUGUGAGAGAAAGAGAAAUAGAAUAUUUGUAAGC